GAGCAGGAAAUUAAGAUGGGGUCGACCGCACCAAAUCACACGUAAAACCCUUUCGCUCAAACUCACCCAGAAACAGAAACCCUCAUAUCCUAAGACCUUUUUGGUUCUGCUCUUGCCUCCAACUAUUCAAAAUCUUUUCCUGUAAAAUGGUGAGUCAAAGACAGAGAUUAGCCCGCAAAAAAUUCAGACAAGAGCACCCAGAGUUGUUCCCUAAACCAGAGCCAACGCCACCAAAAGACCCAAACAAGAAAAAGAAGAAAAACAACACCAAGUUCAAGCGAAAGAGGUCAGAGUCUAAAGAAUCAAAAGACCCAAAUGAACCCAAUAAAAAGAGGUUUAAGAAGCAUCCACUUAGAGUUCCAGGAAUGAAGCCUGGUGAAAGUUGUUUUAUUUGCAAGGCGAAGGAUCACAUUGCCAAACUUUGCCCUCAGAAAGCUGAAUGGGAAAGAAAUAAGAUAUGUUUGCUUUGUCGGCAGCGAGGGCAUAGCCUCAAGCGUUGCCCUAACAAGAAGGACGAGAAUGUAGAUAGGAAAUUAUGCUAUAAUUGUGGGGAAACUGGUCAUUCGCUUUCUAAUUGUCCACAGCCUCUUAAAAAUGGAGGAACUAAAUAUGCCAAUUGCUUUAUCUGUAAUGAAAGUGGACAUUUGAGUAAGGACUGCCCGCAAAAUACUCGUGGGAUAUACCCAAAGGGUGGUUGCUGUAAAAUAUGUGGGGGCGUGACACAUUUAGCGAGAGAUUGUCCUGAGAAGGGUAAGAGAGGCUCUCUUGCCGCUAGUGGAGAAGUGAUAGAAAAAGAAGAGAGGCAAACACCGAAACUGACCAAGUUCAUAAGUGGGGAUGAGCUAGAUGAUGAUUUUAUGACAGAAAACACCUAUGCUGUGGAGAAAGAAAGGGGGUCGGAUUCAAAAGAUGGUCAUGCAAAAUUAAAGAAGAAGCAAGGGCACAAAGUAGUGAACUUUGCAGGAUUGUACAACAUUCCUGAAUGCUCUAGAUACUCCUAUGAAUCUUGCUCUCUUAUUCCAUGCUUUGAUGUUAUCCACGCCGAAUCAUUCUUUUCUCCUUCUUUUUUCACAUUGGUUGUUUACUUGAAGAAAUUUUGUACUCAGCCUUGUGUCCCCAAAAUUGAGGAUCUCUCCCUCUUCUUCUUCACUGUACACCCAUUUCUCAUAUUGGUUUUCCAUUUUUCUUCUUUCUUCUUCGUUUCCCACAAGGCCCGUGGCUCUCGUGAUCGAACUGCAAACAUGGCAAAUUCGGCGUCAGGAAUGGCUGUGCAGGAUGACUGUAAGCUGAAGUUUUUGGAACUAAAAACAAAGAGAAACCACCGAUUCAUCAUCUUCAAGAUUGAAGGUCAGCAAGUGGUGGUAGAGAAACUGGGAAGUCCUGAGGAAACCUACGACGAUUUCGCCGCAUCUUUGCCUGCUGAUGAGUGCCGCUAUGCUGUCUAUGAUUUUGAUUUCACCACUAAUGAGAAUUGUCAGAAAAGCAAAAUUUUCUUUAUUGCAUGGUCUCCUGAUACAUCUAGGGUGAGAAUGAAGAUGGUCUAUGCAAGCUCCAAAGACAGAUUCAAGAGGGAACUAGAUGGGAUUCAGGUUGAGCUGCAAGCAACAGAUCCUAGCGAAAUGAGCAUGGACAUUAUAAAAGGGCGAGCACUUUAGGCACAAUACCUUUCUCUUCUUUUGACAUUCAGCUACUUGUGACAAAUUUAACGCAGUCCGCAUUGUUUUGUUUAUUUGUUCUUUUUCCCUCACCUUUCCGUUUUAUGGGGGUUUUGACACUAUCCCCUCUAGUUUCAUGUAAUAUGCUUCUUUCAUGUUUGUUACUUUUUCAGUCGCUUCACUUGGCAACACACACUGUUGUUUCUCAGGAGGCAUAAUUUGGAUUUAUUAUGCUCCGACAUUUGAAAAUAUAUGUACAUUGCAUAAAAUACAAACAGCAUUGAAAACAA